GCUCCACAGGUGGAGGAAAGAAGAUCACUGAUACUUGAACAGUGGAAAUUAUCCAAUAUACACUCACACUGCGGAUAGCCUUUGGAGCAUCAUUCCUUUGCAUCAUAUUGUGGCUCGUGCUCAGGUAAAAGUCAUUAGUGUCUCAAUGUCAUCACUGUGCCUCAGCAGCGUCCUGACUCAUGCUAACCUCACCAUGUAUCAAACUGGUAUCCCUGAUGUCCUGCCACAGCAGCCCAAUGUGCUGCACAGCAUUAACAGUCUGCAGAGCAGCAAUCCAGCGUACAGCUCCAACAUCAACAGUCAGUGGUACAGGCAGAUCAGCCCUCACUGCUGGACAACAGACAACGUUCUGCAGUGGAUCAGUGACCAUGUAGAGAGCACCAAGUUUGAUGCGAGUACCCUGAGUCUGUCCUACUGCACCAUGGAUGGACCCACCCUCUGCCAGAUGAACCAGGACCAGAUGAUAGGGAACUUUGGCCCACAGCUUGGCCCACACCUCCACCAGAGUCUCCAGGAAUACAAGACCAAAUUUGAGCUGCAGAGCCUGUCAGGACCAGAGCUGAACGAGACCUGCCAGCUCCUAGACAACUUCCUGGACAACCUAAACUUCCCUUUGCUCAGCACCAUUAAGAUUGGCCAAGGUGAAGGAGCUGUCAGCAAGAGGGAGUUUCACUACAGAGAUGAUUAUGAUCUGACCAGUCUGACCAUGGAGCCCAUGACACCUCUCGGAGACACUGAGUACCUGUCUGAUAAUCAGUCUGACAGCGAGUACAGCUCCUCCUCAAACAGUGGCAUGUUUGGCUUCUUAAGCCUCAGCUCACCAGAGUCUGGCAGUGGUGAAUCAGACCCAGAAUUCUCCUACCCCCUGAUUUCAAAAGCAACCGUGAAAACUGAGAAAGGAGAGUCUCGACUGAAGCGACCACGGGGGCGACCUCCAAAAGUCAGCAGAGAUAAUUGCAGUAGCCUUUAUGACAGUCCAAAGAAAAACAAACAUGCACCACGUGGAACUCAUCUAUGGGAGUUCAUCAGAGACAUUCUGAUCCACCCAGAGAGGAACCAGGGCCUGAUGAAGUGGGAGGACCGCCGUGAGGGUGUCUUUAAGUUCCUCAAGUCUGAGGCUGUGGCUCAAAUGUGGGGCCAGAAGAAGAAGAACAGCAGCAUGACAUAUGAGAAACUCAGCCGUGCCAUGAGGUAUUACUAUAAAAGGGAGAUCCUGGAGCGAGUUGACGGCCGCAGGCUUGUAUACAAAUUCGGAAAGAACUCUAGUGGCUGGAAGAUUGAGGAGAAUGGCAAGAGCAUGUGAGGCAUCAGUCACGGGUAGAAACCAAAAAGCGAAUCAGAGUAGGAGUUCAGGAACUACAAAUUACCCAUGUGGCAUGUCUGAAAAUAAACCUUGCUGCCCCAGAUGUUUAAGACACUAACUUCCUCUUAGAAGGAAGGUGUUGCAGAAAAUGUAAGCCAGUGUUUUUGGCUCUAGUAGGUUUUAUGAACCAAUAUUAAUGUUGUACGUGUUUUGUGUUUUUGAUUGCCAAACGUUACUAUGUGCAUAGUAACUAAAAUAGACAUCGUUUUGGAUGCUUGUGAGUUUCUGUAAGCAUCUAAAGGCUCAAAAAGAAAACUUUUUACAGUUGUACAGAAUUUACUCUGGUGUUUGUAUUUAAGUUUAUUUACUGAUUAAGACACUCAUCCUCAUCUGUCAGUAUGGAGUUCGUUUCGGUAUAUGAGCAUUGUGGCACUAGAAAUAUUAUGGUCUUUUUUUCUAACUUUAAUAUGACUGUCUUGUUAUUCUAAAAGGGAACUAUCAUCCUCAGUUUCCCAUGUAGAUGUAAAAUAUGUUGCAGACUUGAAUGUAGGACCAAAUUUGGAAAAUUCUUCUGCUCAUUAACUCAAUGUGAAGGACAAAGACAGAACAGAGAAGAAAAUGUAGAUGAUGUUACUUCACAUUAAUAAAGUAAUGAUGUGCACUCCAUGUCUAUUGGUAUCACUUAUUAUAAAGUGUGUUUAUACAAUGUUUGAGUAAAAAUUUGUUUUAGAGUAACUAUAUCACGUCUUAAAUAUGAUCAUCAGCUGUUAAAACAGUUUGUAUGAAUCAGUCACAAAUCGCAAUUGCAUGUUUAUGUGAUUGUUUUAAUGUGAUUAAUCCUAAUUAUGUCAUCCACUUUGGACUGAUAAAUGUAUAUGCAUGUG